AUGGGGGCAUUAGAGUGGCUAAGAACUCUUGUAGAGACGAAGCCAUGGGACUACUGCAUUGUUUGGCAGUUUGGUGAUGAUCCUUCUAGGUACAUUCAGUGGAUUGGUUGUUGUUGCAAUGGUGGCCCGGGUGUUUGUAGAAAUGUCAAGGAGGAACUUGAUGGAACAAAACAACAUUUUUCUGUAUUAUGCAGAGAUACUUACAUUAAACACUCUUUGAAGACAAAAACUUGUGAGAAAUUAGCCAAGAUUCCUUUUUCUUUGCCACUAUAUUCUGGGAUCCAUGGAGAAGUUGCAAUGUCAGCUCAACCAUCAUGGAGUCAUGAUCCCGUUGGAACUCAAGUUAUAAUUCCUGUCGAUGGUGGUCUGAUUGAGCUCUACAGAUCAAAACAAGUCCCACGAGAUCAAGAAAUGAUAGAGACUCUUAUGGCACAGUUCAAUAUCUUGUCUAAACAUGAACAAUUCCGUGUUGAGGACACGGAAACUGCUGCACAAUCCACGUUGCACCCAAAAACUGAAGGAUCAGCAAAUGGUUCGAACCCUUGGAGUGAAAAUUCAUCACUUGUUUCAGCGGGUUCAGCUCAUGUAUCACCAACUCAUUCCGUUGGUAAGCCGAUAACUUUGUUGGGCUAUGCUAUUUCUGGACAACCAAAAGGAAACACUAAAACUAAGCAGAAAACUGGCAAAGAACAAUACCAAUCUAAGAAUCUUGUGACUGAGAGGAACCGAAGACACCGAAUCAAAGAUGGUCUCUUUGCUUUACGCUCUUUAGUCCCAAAGAUUUCUAAGAUGGACAGGGCUUCCAUAGUUGGAGAUGCAAUCGAGUAUAUAAAGGAGUUGGAAACUAAUGUUCAAGAACUUCAAGAUGAGCUUAAGAGAUUGGAAGACAAUGAUUCCAAAUCUCAUGAAGAUGAAGUAGAGGUCUGCAAACCAAAAAGAGAAUAUGAACACUCACCUACAAAUGGGCAUGAUCUUGUUUCAAUAGCUUUGGACAGCAAAAAAGAGGUUCAAGUGGAAGUACACCAAAUUGGGGCUAAAGAUUUCUUGAUUAAACUAGUUUGCGGGCAAAAGCGAGGGGGUUUUCUGAGGAUUAUGGAGACUGUCGAUUCGUUGGGACUUCAAGUACUCGAUGCCAAUGUUGCUACUUGUAAUGGCAGAGUCUUGAACGUUCUCAAAGUAGAGGCAAAAGGGAAAGACGUCAUGGCCAAGAGUUUGAAAGAUUCGUUGCUAAAUAGUUGGCUGUCGUGA